AUGUUUCUGAAGCACUAUCGAGGUUCCGUCCAUAGCGAUGCCGAUGAUAGAGAGGCACUCAUAAAUGAAAAGCGAUCCGAAUACCUGCAUGAAGCAGUUCCUUUCGGUGCCGGAGAGUAUCACCGGCUCCGGAAAAUCAUCGCUAUUCAAUACAUCCUUAUAGUCUCGCUUUUAGUCUUCGCUAUUGGAGCUGGGAUUGCAGUCUGGACGGAUCCAGGACUAGAAAUACCUGAUAUGGUUUACUCUCCUGCUCAAGACGUCCUCAGAUACAAGAACAUCGUCUUCAACCCCGGCUGGGGAGAUCGAAAGUCAAUCUACAUGGGUCCGCCAUCGGAAGAGAACAAUAGAGCAUGGGAUGAUCUCCACGUUGCGCCGGCGAUGGUCAAGAUUCCUGCAAGCGAUGCAGCGAAAUUGGUUAACAAGACUGUCCCGAUUCCUGGAAAUUCGGGGAACAGUUCGGGGUACUAUUUAAUUGGACUUGAUGUCUUUCAUCAGUUGCACUGUUUGGAUAUGCUCCGCAAAGUACUCUGGGGUGUUGAUAUGCAUCACGCCAAUGACGAGGAGGCAAUGCAUCACCUUGACCACUGUAUCGAAAUGAUCCGUCAAAGUCUCAUGUGUUCAGCCGAUAUCACCGUCGAUGUGUGGGCGUGGAAUGAAGAAAAGCAGAUGGUCACUGUGAGGGCGGAUAAUAUGCACACUUGUCGGGACUUUGAGGCUAUUCGGCAGUGGGCGCUUGAGAGACCGGCAGGAGAAUUUGAUCGGACGAUACAUUUGGUGGAUUCUUGA